AUGGCCGACAACGAAAAACUAGAGCUCGGCGCUCCACCAGCGUUCAAUGGAGACCGAUCUAGGUUGGAAGCGUUUACAGCUCACUGCAAAAUGGUGAUAAAAGCGCAACCCAAGAAAUUCGAUAGCGACAACAAGAAGAUAGCGUAUGCCCUUUCGUACAUGAAGGAGGGAAUCGCAGAACAAUGGAAGACUCAGUACAUCAAAGAUGCAACGACAGCCGGUCAUCUUUAG